AAAGAACUAGCGCAUGGUAUAACGCAACUCGUUUAAUAACCGGAAAUAAAUCUUUUAUUGCAUAGAAUUCAAUCAAGGCACGGGAAUUGGAUCGAUGAUAUUAUAACGCUAAGAAUCGCGUUGAGGCGAUUACUUUGGCACAUGAAAACGGGACGCCAGUUCUCACCCAUGUGUCAAUCUAUCGAGCCGGUCAAACUAAGAACAUCUGCCUAACCUCUCCUGUCACUCCUUUUGUUCUUUCUUGGGUCAGUAUUUGCCCAUAACUUGUAUAGGAGCGUUUCAUGCUUGGAGCUAGAAUGACCAAUUUACGGAAAUUCAUAGAUAUUGGUGCCAAUUUAACAGAUCCUGUGUACCAAGGAAUCUAUCAUGGGUUACAAAAACAUCAGCCUGAUUUAGAUAAAGUAUUGGAGCGAAGUUGGAACAACAAUGUGUCAAAGAUUAUUAUUACCGCUGGUAACAUUGAAGACAGCAAGAAGGCUCUUGAAAUAGCGAGAACUGAUGAAAGGUUAUACUCAACAGUUGGGUGCCAUCCGACCCGCUGCCAGGAGCUAGAGGGAUGCGAUGAUCCAGAGGAAUAUCUCAAGUCACUGUCAGAUCUGGCACUAAACAACAAAGACAAAAUUGUCGCAAUCGGCGAGAUAGGUCUAGAUUACGACAGAUUGCAGUUUUGUCCUAAAGACAUCCAGAAGAAGUACUUUGAAAUGCAGUUGUCUCUAUGUUCCACCCUAAAAUUACCGAUGUUCCUUCACUGUCGUAAUGCCAGCGACGAUUUCGUGCGAAUCUUGCGGAAACAUAAAGAUAAACUAACGGCAGGUGUCGUGCAUUCGUUUGACGGUAAUCCAGAGGAUGCUAAUUCUAUACUGCAAUUAGGCUUGUACAUUGGAAUUAACGGAUGUUCUCUGAAGACUGAGGAGAAUCUCUUCGCAGUCACCACCAUCCCCUCGGACAGACUGAUGAUAGAGACUGAUUGUCCGUGGUGCGAAAUCCGGCCAUCACACGUGUCUGCGAAAGACGUUAUAACGCACUUUCCAUCUAUGAAAAGGGAGAAAUGGCAAGCAGACCGGAUGGUUAAAGGACGGAACGAGCCGUGUACGAUAGUUCAGAUAUUGGAAGUCCUGGCGCGAAUCAGGGACGAAGAAGAGGAAUAUCUGUGCAAUCAAAUUUAUAAGAACACGAUGAAACUCUUUUUCCCAUAUGAACUAUAAUCUCGUACGAAGCGGAAAUAGCCAAACGGAAAUACAACGCGAAUAUAAACGCAUCCGUGAGAGCAAUCAGGGAUGAAAGCUGUGACCUUGUAUAAAGGUUCUGUUCAGUGAAUACAAU